CACACACACACACAUAUACACACACACACUGAGCGGUAUCGCCAUCAUCGCCAGACGCCAGCGAUCACUGACGCUUCCUGAGUGAUGGUCCAGUGAUGGCGCAACCGGAGCUGUUUGUGACGAGAGCGCCCCCUGUGGAGGGGAGUGCCGUGGAGCUCAGUGUUCUGGGCUUCCUGGAAUCAUUUGGGGAAGAAAACAGCACGGCAGAGAGAUGCUAUCACGCCCACUCCCGCAGCAGCGUCCUCCAGGGCCUGCCAUUUGGAGGCGUGCCCACAGUUCUUGCCAUCAACGUGGUGCUCUGGAUGUUCUUGCUGCUCAUCUUCUCCUGUCUGAGGAAGGCUGCGUGGGACUACGGCCGCCUUGCUCUGCUGAUGGAGAACGACAGUCUGACGUCCCUGUUUUAUGGAGAACCAAGUGAGAAGGAGAAGUCUCCCUCCGAGUCCAGCCCCUCUGACUCUGAGACCAAGGACAUGGGCUUCUGCUCGUGGCUCUCAUCUCUUUACCAUAUGAAGGACGAGGAGAUCCGCAGCAAAUGUGGCAUCGAUGCCGUCACGUACCUGUCCUUCCAGCGCCACAUCAUCCUGCUCAUGACCGUAGUGUGCUUGCUGUCUUUGGCCGUAAUCCUGCCGGUCAACUUUUCGGGGAACCUCCUGGGAGACAGUCCUGAAAACUUUGGAAGAACAACACUGGCUAAUGUUAGUGCAAAGGACAGCUUCCUGUGGCUCCACAGCAUCUUCGCGCUGGUUUACUUCAUCAUCACUUCGCUGUGCAUGGUUCAUCACUCGAUAAGGCUGGAGUACAGAGAAGAUGAGAAGGUAGCCAGAACCCUGAUGAUCACCUCUAUACCCAGAGAGAUCUCUGACCCAGGACUCAUCACCAAACAUUUACAUGAGGCCUACCCCAGCUGCACCGUCACCGACAUCCGCUUCUGCUUCGACAUCCACAAGCUGAUGAGGCUGGACCUUGAGAGGCGUAAAGCGAUGAAGGGAAGACUUUAUUUCGCCACGAAGGCCCAAAAACAGGGAAAGAUCAUGAUAAAGACUCAUCCGUGUGCUCAGAUAUUCUGCUGUGACAUCUGCGGCUUUGAAAAGGUGGACGCAGAGCAGUACUACAGUGAAUUGGAAGAGAAGCGGACGGACGAGUUCAACGCCGAGAAGAAUCGCAUCUCCUUGAAGAGGCUCGGCAUCGCCUUCGUGACUUUUCGUGAUGAGAGGAUGACGGCUGUGAUUGUGAAGGACUACAGUCGUGUGCACUGCCGCCGCAGACCCCAGCAGUCCAGCAUCACCACGGUGGUGCAGUCUCACAAGUGGGGGGUCAGCUAUGCACCGGCUCCCAGUGACAUCAUCUGGGAGAACCUGUCGGUGUGUGGAUCUCGCUGGUGGCUCCGCUGUGUCCUCCUCAACAUCCUCCUCUUCCUGCUGCUCUUCUUUCUCACCACUCCCGCCAUCAUCGUCAACACCAUGGACAAGUUCAACGUCACCAAGCCCGUGGAGAGCCUGCGGAGCCCUGUCAUUACCCAGUUCUUACCGACCCUCCUGCUGUGGGCGUUCUCGGUGCUCCUGCCCUUCAUCGUCUACUACUCAGCCUUCUUUGAGUCCCACUGGACCAGAUCUGGUGAGAACCAAGUAACGAUGCACAAGUGCUUUUUACUGCUGGUCUUCAUGGUCAUCAUACUGCCCUCACUCGGCCUGUCCAGUCUGGACCUGUUCUUCACAUGGCUCUUUGACGUCAACUUCCUGGACGAGAAAGAAGUCAAAUUCCAGUGUGUGUUCCUUCCUGACAAUGGUGCGUUCUUUGUAAAUUACGUGAUCACGUCCAGCCUGAUUGGCACCUCUAUGGAGCUCCUCCGUAUCCCCGCACUGACGGUGUACGCCCUCCGCCUCUGUUUCGCUAAGUCCCAGGCCGAGCGGAUCCACGUCAAACGGAGUCAGGCCUAUGAGUUCCAGUUUGGCCUGGAGUACGCUUGGACCAUGUGCAUCUUUGCUGUCAGCAUGACCUACAGCAUCACAUGUCCCAUCAUAACACCCUUUGGUUUGCUCUAUGUGAUCCUGAAGCACAUGGUCGACCGAUACAACAUCUACUAUGCAUACGUUCCCACCAAACUCAGCCAGCGGAUCCACAGAGACGCCAUCAGCCAGGUCGUCUUGGCUCCUCUCCUCUGCAUGUUCUGGCUGCUCUUCUUCUCUGUGCUCAAAUUAGGUGCAGUGCAUCCCAUCACCCUCUUCACCUUCGCGUCCCUGCUCUCCUGCAUCGUCUUUUCUCUCUUCCGCUUGUGCCUUAGGAAGCGACCGGACAAGUCAAUGAGCUACCAGAUGUCUGAUCAGCCAACAGAGGGGACGUUCACUGAUGCAGACAGGAGCAGUGCGACAUCCACCACAGCCUCCAAUCUCUUUGUGGCGUCUGUGCUACUGGAGCCAGAGCUGGCUUUGACUCCAAUGCCCUCCCCGGCCCACCACAGCUACGGCGCGUUGGCCAGCUCACAGGGUUCAAGCCACAAUCCAGCGGAGGAAGAGGAGAGUGAGGAAGACCAUACCCAGACCCAUGAGACUGAGCUCCAAGACCCCCCAGACCCUUACUGCUCCAGCCCGCUCAUGGACAGCCCUGUGGGCUACCAGUAACACUCAACCCCUCCAGCUGAUUUCCAUGUGUGCUUCACCUGGGGUACACAGAUUGCUAAAUGUCGCAAUGCUACGUUUUUGCCACUGACCUCAGACUUAGCUGCCUCACACCCUGAGUUUAAACUGGGUUUGUUAAAAAUGAUGAAGAACCUGCAGAGGAAAGGAGCUUAAGAAUACAGGAGCAGGAUUCAAAUUAACAUCAUCAUAAAUGUAGAAACAGCAGUCGGCCAAAACUUCUACUGAAUAUUUCUUACUGACAUGAACCACACAUCAAUCCUGAUAGAACAACUUUAAUGUGCUUCUGUGGCUUCAUGUGCAAGUUAAACGUAACGAAAGCGACUGAGGUGGAACUGCCUUUAUCAGAGAUCAGAGAUGUUCAUGAGGUGCCACUUCACGAGCGGGGGUGAAAGUUCCCGGCAGAGUGGGUGGUGUGAGCAGGCCCACCCCCGCAGACUGACAGAGUGGUCCGGGUGAUAUCUGGUUCCUCGGCAGCAGAGCUCGGGGAGGCUGAGGGUGAGGGCAGCGAGUUGUGAAGCCAUCUGCAGUGAGAGAGCAGACAGACGGAGGGCUGAAUGUAAGUCAGAGAUGCACUGUAAUAAAUAUACACUCUCUCUCCGCGGAGGCACAAGCAGCUUGACUGCACCUGAAGCUUUGUUGUAACGAUUAUCAACUUAAGGUUGCUAUUUUUGCUACUGUAUUUUUGGUGUCAUUGAUAUUGUGCUUCGGCUUGCGAGCGGAGAAACCACUGGAGUCGCUUCAUCUUAAUCAGAGCAUUCCCUAAUAAUGCUGUUUUGAUGUGUAUAUGAUAAAAGUGUACCUUAAUUUAUUUGAUUUAAAUGAAAAGAUAUUAAUGAGCUAAUUUGGUUUCUUGCUGAGUGUAAGAUGAGAAGAUCAAUACCAGUGUCCACAGGCGGAAUCACAUUUAAAUUCAUGAGAUUCAGAUUCUCAUUAGAAAUUCAUUUUUCAGUAAGAUUUGUGAGUUAUUUUUCAAAGAAUCAACAAAAAUUCUGAAAAACACCCUAUUUAGCAACAUUAAUAGAGUCGCAGAUUUCAUGCAAAAGUUUCUAGUAGUUUUCAUGUAAUUUAGCAAACUUACAGUCAAACAAAUGCAGGAAAAAACAUAUCCUCGUUGGCAGAGGUUAAAAUGUUAGGUCUAAGACUAAAUGUUGAGUUGUUUAGUAAACAUUUAUAUUGCAGUUACAGUCCCUUGCCAGCAGGGAUGCUGCAGCCCCUUCAGCACCCCACCACACUUAUGUCUGUAUAAUGAAUACAAAGCUAUUUCCAGCAGCCAGUUAGCUUAGCUUAGCUUAAAGGCUGGAAACAGGGCGAGACGUUUCCCCCACUGGGCUCAGUAACAUAGUAUAUUCUUGUUGUCACCAGCUGACACUCCAAGCUACUGCCUAUUGCUUAACUAUAUUAAACUAAUUGAGAAUUUCAGCAUUGCCAGAUUUUUCAUAAUUAUCUUAUUUGCACGGUAAUUUUGCCCUCUGUAUGAUGUUUGAUCAAUAAUUCCAAAAUUCCCAUAUGGUACUGUAAUUUCAUAAUUUUGUGAAAUUAUUUGGAGUUGUAAUAAUCUGUAUAGUAAAAUAUUGACCCUGAUCUGUGUUAACACUUGUAUUGACGAUGUGUUUUUAUUUUAUACACGUCUCCUCUCACAUGACAUCUUUCCAGCCAAUCAUAUUUGGAGUUUUUAUGUAAUUUGUUUGUAGGAAGAGUCAAAUAGCUGUUUGUCUAAACUUUGGUUGUGUUUCUUGUUUUAUAUUGUUUUUAAUUUUUAACAAUUGUUGUGUAAUAAUUGCUUUCUUGGCUAUGACUUGAUUAUUGUAAUUUCCUCCAAAAUAUUUCCCAUCUGGUAUCUCUCACUAACCUGCUGAUGAUAGCUUCAUAUUCAACAGAUAAAGUAGAUACGAGAGUCAUCUCAUCUAACUCUCAGCAAGAAAGAAAGAUAAGAUUCAGAAUUUAGAAGCACACUAUGGAUUGAAAAUAGGCUAUGGAGUUGAAUUUUACAAUGUACAUGAUAACAAUGAUAAAUGUGAAAUUAAAGGUACUGAAAGUAUUUUAAGUAUCCUGUUACAAAAAUGGCUCAAGUUCAUUUAUCCUAAAAUGUCCCAACUACAAAUAGUACAACUCAACACUACAUCACCAUGAUGUCAGUUAUCUCUAUUCUGUGUGUAACUCCACUGCAUGUAAGCUGUGUUGGGUAAAUUAUAGGUAUGCAUUGACAGUAACCUUACAGUCACAUUUCACAUGAUUUGCCGUCAGCCUGUGUGUUUUCGGGUUUUGUAUCUUGGGGUUGUUUUUGUUUCAUCAAGGUGGGGUGAAAGGUUUUCUCAUAGAGCUGAAUGUACAUUUUGUUUUGUUGUCUCUUGCUGUGCCUUGAAGAAAAACUCCCUUUCGUGUGACAAUCCAGCAUGGCCUGAAAUAUGCUGCAUGGACUGAAAACUAAAGAGCGGAGGAAACGACCAAGACAUAAAAACGCAACCUCCCAGAGUUGUGAUUCUCAUUCUCACCAACAGUCAAUGGGUAUUUCCAUUUUUUAUUUGUCAGCAGUGAACUCAUUCCGCUUUGACAUAAACAUUCUUCACACAUGAGAUGCUGUUGAUCUUUUUUCCAAAGAUUUCGAUUAUAUCGCAUGGUCUUCAUCAGUAGAUUGGUUUCCUAAUUAGUCAUGUAACUGUGUGGUUGUUCAGACUUUCCACUAUUCACUGCUUUUUUGGGACUUUGUUGGUAUUCAUUUUGGAAACAUGGAAGCAUGUUAGCAAACCAGUCUCUGCUCUAGAUCCAUUUACUUGCUUUUUGUGGAACCUUCAUAGGAUCAUGAAUUUCGAGUUUUACACUAAAACAUGUAGGAAGGUGUAAUAAGUUAUGCUUAGAGUGGAAAGUUCUACAGUUCUAUGGCAACUCAGCAAAUUUUAUCCACUGAUGAAGACCAUGUGACAUUGUUGAAAGCUCUGGAACAAGUCAGAAGAUCUUGGACAGAGACUUCUGUCGACUGCUGUGUCCAAGGUCCUUAUAAACUUAAUAUAGCUAACUUACUGUGUCUCCACAUCACAGCAGUGUUGUCUCUCUUUUUUUAAGAUGUUUUUUGUAUUUUGUGUCCUUGUUGGUGCCUUGGUGUUUUCAAUCAGCUGCUGUUUUAUUUUUGCCAUAUGGAUCAUUUUAUGAUGUAUGAGCAAGCUCUUUGUCGAGGAUAAAAAAAAAUUCAAAGCUGUUUAUCAAUUGUUAUUCCCUUGUCUUAUUUAUUUCAAUGUGUUCUUGAUCAGUUCACAUCAGAACAGCUGAAUUGUCAGGUAGUGGAUUUAAAGGGGAAUUCCGGUAUUUUGCAACCUGGGCCCUGUGUUUGUAAAUGUGGGUCUGAGGCUACAAUGUAAGCUUAUGGGGCAACUGCGACAGUCCACCAAAUGUCAACUAAAUUUACUUCUUUCAUCAAUAAAAGGCUCCAAUUGUUAGUCUGCGUCUUUGCUAAGAAUUUGGCAACAUUUAUUGAUGAAAAAUUUAGUGGGCAUAUCUUCAGCUGUUGCCCCUUAAGAUGACAUUGUAGCUAUUCACCAUGUCACAGCUGCCGGUGAAGGCGAUCUACUUCAUUUACACUUAAUGACUUUAACGUUAAUCAUAAAAAAUCAAAUGCCUGUGAUUUGACGUUUUCUACUUUCAUAAGAUUGAUGACAUAUUAUUUCAUGAAAUGAAAUGCGUUUGCUGCAUUUUAUAAUGAAUCGGAUUCUAGUUUUUCUUUCUGCAAAAAUCAGAUGAAAGCUGGCAGCAUCGAGGGUAUAAUGUGGUCAGUGCAGAGUAUUAUGAAGUAAAAUCUGUUUGAAAAUAAAACAUCAAAGAGCAUCUCCUGCAUUUUCCUCCAGAAGCUGGUUUUACAGAUCAUUAAACACACUCGCCUUUGAAAGAAAAACACAAAAUAAAACGUAUUAGGGUAUUCUUAGCUCUAAUGUCCCAUGCAGGAGGUUUGUUCGUUUUCAUGCUUAACUAGUUUUAUUGUAUCCUGUCAUGUCUACUCAUGCUCUGCAGACUCGGCCAUCCAAGGUCUGCUCGGACAUUAGCUUUCCAGAUGUGUUCAUGUCUCUUGGUUAUGAAAUGUGUGUCUCAUAAGUAUGUGAUUUCAAAUCUGAGCCUGCUGUAAAUGUGGGUUGUUAGAGCUCCAGGAGGUUUGAGGCUGAGCAGCGCUCUGCUUUUGAGAGUAAACUCUGUCAGGCUGACAAGUCUUCAUCUGUCAAAAGUGAAGUUCUGUGAUCUGAUAUUAA